AUGAGAACUUUGGCUAUUUUCUGUUUCGGAUUACUAUUUGCUGCAGUGGUAAGCGCUAUUAACUUUGAGGAAGAAUUCCCAAAACACUUUGCCGAGUGUAACUCAAAUGAUGCCACAAAAGUUGACUACGACGCCGUAGCUAAAGCCAAGAGGGGUGAAAAAUUUAAUCCAGAACAGUUGUCCAGCUAUCUUAACUGUAUGUUUACAAAGUUCGGAAUUCAGGAUAAUAAUGGAGAUUAUAAUCAGCAAAAAGUAAAAGAGCUUAUUAAACAUGUUGUCAGUGAUCAAGGAAAUGUUGACACAAUUAUUACCAACUGUGCAACCAGACCUGAGGGUUCCUCUGCAAAGGUUGCAGCCUUAAAUUUACUUGUGUGUUCCAGAAAAUAUGAUAAACUACGUUUUCCCUCCAUAAAAGGGUCAUAUUAG